AUUUCCCCAACAAUUCUUUUGGAUACUGCAAACAUGAAUGGACACUAACAGAGUGAUUCAAUCUUGUCAAAUAUAGACCAUUUGAAAUUGUGAAAUCUUUACAAUUUCAAUGGCUCCAGCCCUUAGCUCCAAUUCUUAUAUACUGGCCACAAUACCCCAUUCAAGAAUCACCCUCAAAACUUCAAAACUUACUGCAUUAGCACCUAAGAAUGCUGGAACUUUUCGGGUGAUCAAGGCUAAGGCUGUGAGUGAGGAUCAAGAAAGCAAACCUGCAAAGUUGAACCCUUUCCAGUUUGAUUUUGGCAAGUUACCUGAUGUUCAGUCUUUGAUACCUGCUGUUCAGAAUUCGACUUCAGGCUUGUCAUUUGGACAAAGAAGUAAAGACCCUGGAACUGUUUUUGUUGCUGGUGCAACUGGUCAGGCUGGAAUUCGUAUAGCACAGACGCUGCUGCGGGAUGGUUUCAGUGUUAGAGCUGGAGUUCCUGAUCUUGGUGCUGCUCAGGAGCUUGCUCAAUUGGCUGCUAAAUACAAGAUAAUAUCUGCGGAGGAAUCUAAGCGCCUUAAUGCUGUUGAAUCCACAUUUGAAGAUGCAGAGUCUAUUGCCAAGGCGAUAGGCAAUGCGGGUAAAGUAGUUGUUACAGUUGGUCCUGCUGAGAAUGGUGCCACGACAGCUGUGACUGCAUCAGAUGCAUUGCAAGUGAUUCAAGCUGCUGAUUUGGCAGGAGUAGGCCAUGUGACAAUAGUAUAUGAUGGAUCCUCUGCAUCGACGAACAAUGUACUUGAUGGUAUCUCAUCGUUCUUUAACAAUCUGUUCUCAAGAUCACAGCCUUUGACAAUAGCAGAGUUUAUACAAGGGUUAGUUGAAACUGACGUCAGCUACACCCUUAUAAAAGCGAAAUUGACAGAAGAUUAUUUGCUUGAAAGUUCUUAUAACGUCGUUGUCUCAGCUGAGGGGAUUGACGGCAGUACAAACGACUACAAAGUAACCAAGUCCCAGAUUGCAUCCUUGGUGUCUAAUGUUUUCUCAAAUACAGCGGUCGCAGAGAACAAGGUUGUGGAAGUGUAUGCAGAUCCUACAGCACCCUUAAAGCCGGUUGAUGAGCUUUUCAGCCUGAUUCCUGAAGAUGGUAGAAGAAAGGCUUAUGCAGAAGAAAUUGCCAAGGCCAAAGUUGAGGAAGCAACAAUUAAAGCUAAGGAGAAAGCAAAAGAAGCAGCUGCAGCAGCGCAAGAGCUUAAAGAAGAGGUAAAAAGCCUUGAAUCACAGGACGCAAAAACUGAUAAUCUUGCUAAUAAAGCCCAAGAGCAGGCAUCAGCUUCAGUCGAAAGCCUCAUGGCAAAAGCAAAAGAAAUGAGUUCAACAUUUUCUUGGGAUAAAUUUAGCUCACAACUUUCAACAGCAGUUCAGAAUGUUAGUGAGGAACCGAAAGUGCAGAUUGCAACAGUUAGGGGACAGGCCAGGGCUCAGAAAUUGCCGCCUAAGAAAGCAGUAAUGAAAAAGCCUCCUGUCUCAAAAAGGAAAGAGGCUGUGAAGCCGAAGGCCAAACAAGCAGACUCUAAGGUUGAAGUAAGGAAUGUUUUUGGUGGCCUUUUUAAGCAGGAGACCAUCUACGUUGAUGAUGACUGAGAGAAAGAGAAGGCUUAGCAAUUUAUGAUUUCUUGUUGUUCCAUUUUUCUACCUAUCUAGGUUAGAACUGUAAUGCUGGUACUUCAAUAUUGGCUUACUCAGUAUGAGCAAGAAAUGUGCAUAUGUAUACUUGUUUUGCAGGCUUCACAUUCCAAAAAUAAUUAAAAGUUCUGUAAUUGCUCUCA